AUGGGGUUGGCUUCGGCACCUCGAGAAGAGAAGCUUAAGAUGAUGAAAACUUCAAAAACGAGGAAGACUGUGAGAAAGCUGAAUUCACUGGGAAAGAAGGGGAAGAUUUCGAGAGAUGUUCAAAACCAGUUGAAAAAUAUCAAAGCCAAAAAAUCGAAAGAGUCACAUCAGCGAAUUUUCAAUGUUUUGCACAUCCGCAAAUCUGACCAUAAAAGUAUAUGUUAAGAUUGAAGAAGAUUGGAAAGCUGAUCGAGAGUUUCAUUACCAUGACGAAGAUGAAUCAUUACCCUUGGAUAUGUUGGACGACGAGUACGAGUGGCAAACGUCUGUGCCUACUAAGAAAAGAGCCGGCAGAAGUAUCAACUGAUCAUGUAAAUAAGUAGCCUUUAACUGUCUAGGAAAUUUUGACAAGGAUGAUGAAGAAGUUGAUGUGAAAAAGCGUCGAUUCAAAGAUACGUUGCAAGAUGAUCAAGAAGAGCUGCUACCGAUUAAAUUAUCGGUUGGUUAGAGUUCAGUUUUGAAUUUUUAACUUUUUUCUAUCUAAGGAUGGAAGAUUGAUCCGACCGACAAAAGAGAAAACGGUGAAGGAAGAAGAGGAAGAUGAUUAUGAGCAGCAGAUACCACAAUCCCUAGAAGAGUUAGAAGAAGAGAAAACAACUAAAUUUGAGGUAUUCAACGGUUUUUUCUAUUGAUUUGUUUGUUUGUUUUUUUUUUUUGCAGGAUUUCACAAGCCUCUCUGCUGCAGAAUUGAUUUCGAAACGCAAAGAAUUAUUAGAUGAGCAUAAAAUUUCGAUUGCUUCUCAUUCUAAUAUGAUAUUGACCAAUCCUCACGAAAAUGUAAGUACUUCAAAGGUAUUAUCGAAACUUGAAUCACAGGUUGGUCGAUUGCGUGAUUUGCUGAAGUUCUGUGAAGGCGAAGGUGUGCAUCCACUCAUCCGAGAAUCCAUUCAGAAGCUCUCCAUGGCCAGUUUGCUUCAGGUUUCGUUUCGACAAAAUGUUUAUUCGAGAAUUAAUUAUGCCUAAAAAAAUAUAUCAGUAGAGAUAAUAGCACUGAAAGAAACUCUGACUUAUCAUGUGCAGGUCCUUGUCGAUAUAAUUCCUGGUUACGCAAUCCGUCAGUGGACCGAAGAAGAAAAGUCCCAGAAGCAGAAAAAAGAGACGCGGAAGUUGCAAGCCUACGAAGAAUCUCUCUUGCGAUAUUAUCUCAAGUUCUUGCAGCUCUGCGAAAAACUUGCUUCAAGUUUGAUUUUAGAGAAAGUUUCCUCUGUAUUCAAGCAUUUUCCAGAACUUUGUGCGAAAGACCGAAAAGUUCAAGAGGCAACUUUCACUUACAAGAUUGGUUUUUUGAGUAUAAAGGUUUUCUCAAAGUUUUUCCAGGGUGAGUCGAGACAUUUUCAGGCUUUGGAAAGGUUGGCAAUAUCGGCUCCUCACUUCAAUUAUGCUACUAACAUAACUUCCACUUUGGUUCGACUUUCUUUGUCGAAAAUCCCUACGGUUUUUCCCCCUAGAAUCUUCGUUAUUUUCAAGUGUUCAGGUAGUCAACGCUGUUUGUGCUGGAUUAGAAAAGCUUUUCAAGGAAGAUCUCAGUUUGAAAGGUUUGGUGCGACUCAUCACUGGUUUUCAAGUAUUUUCAAGAUGACAUUGUUUGCCGCUCGUUCGAUUUCCACACUAGUGACGAAGAAGAAAGGCAAUGUCCCGCCUCUUCUUAUUUCUACUUUUCUGACUGCUAACAUCCGCGUACGUGUUGAAUUGGAAUUUCCUCAGAGGAAAGUCAUAUAGGAAACAAAAAACGAAGACAAAAAAUCUGGGAAGGAUCGUUUGAUAGCCAGGAAAUAUCAGCUGAAGAAGGAAAAAGCCAAUAAGACGGCUCGGAAGGUGAUUUUUUGGUGCAAGCUUGGUUAUAUGCCUCGAUUCAGUACAAGAAACAACUGGAAAAGCUGGAAGCCGAUUUGAAAGAGGUGGAGGCGGAAGAGUCUAUUUCAAACAAGCUGAAAAAUGUAAGGUUCAUCUCGUUUGCGCAAAUUUCUUGAUCCUUAUCAGGCGACUGAGGCGAUGAAGUUUAUUUUCCAAACUUAUUUUUCCAUUCUGAAACGUAUGCCGAAUGUCGCUCUCUUGGAGCCUGUUCUAGAAGGUUAUAUUUGAAAAGGAUGUGUUGGGAGAGAAAUCUUUAAGGUUUGAGCAAGUUCGCGCAUCUGUUGAAUAUCGAGUUCUUCGAAGAUAUCGUUCACACAAUGGGGAACCUGUUGUCAAAUAAGGUUUCGACUAUUUGGGAAAAUCGAGAAUUCUUUCUUGUCAAGGUGUUCGGAGCGUAACCUUAGUUAUAACAAUUUUUGAAAUUUUACCUUUUUUUACCUAUUUUUUUUUUUACCUAUUUUGCCUUUUUUUUUUACCUAUUUACCUAUUUUUACCUAAUUUGAAAUUCGUUUUACCUAUUUUGAAGUUCGAGGAAACGAGAAUACGUUUAUCCGUCGUCUAGUCAGACAACUAUUGCAUAUUUUCGCCUUUAUUUUCUUUUUCGCUGCCUACAAAAAUAAUUCAGAAAACCAUAAUUAGUUCUUCAACACAUAAAAUGAAUAAGUGUAUUUAUAUUAUAUCCAAGUUUUUGCAGUUUAUAUAAUUUUUUUAUCAUAUUCAAGUUUUUCAGUUGUGCUGAUUUUUUUUUAUUGUCCAUAAUAGUGAAUUUGAGAGUCUCCGGCUCAUAGACCAGCUGCAUUGCGUGCACACCGUCUUCGUGUUGCUGUCUGGCGAAGGCCAAAUUCUCAACGUCGACCCUUCCAAAUUCUAUCGAAUCGUUUAUCGCCUACUGAAUCACAUUCCAUUCGAGAAAAAAUUCGGUGAGCAUGGCCUAAAAAAAGAAACCAUUUUCAUUUCAGAGCAAAGGCUGAAAGUUGUGACGAUUGCGACAAAAACUCUGGACAUAAUGCUGAGUGAGAGACGGAAAAUGGUAAACUUUCGAUUUCUCUUCAGGUUUUUGACAUUAUUUGUGAUUCAGGUUCCUUUGUCAAGGGUGGCUGCAUUUGUCAAGCGAAUUCUCGCGAUUUGCACGGUGAUAGAUGAGAAAUCAGCCCUUUGUUUCACUUCACAUGUUCGCUCCUUGUUCAUCGUAUGUUUCUUCGAUUUUCUUCUAACUAUUGCAAAACUUGUGUUUUCUUUCAUUAUUUUGAUCUUUCAAAUCUUAUGUAACUUUUUUAGAGUUCAAAUUUAUUCUAGGUCAGAGCUCAAAUUUAUUCGAAGUCAAGACCAAGUUUUCAUUUUGUAAUUGCCCGGUUAAAGGCGUUAGGGCUGGAAUUAAGGCGCAUCCAAAGUUGUUGACGCUGGUCGAAGAAGACGAAUCCGCCGAGGAAGGCUCUAGUGGUGGACUUUUCCACCCAGAACUCGACGAUCCAGACGUUUCCAAUGCCGUUGGCUCCGAAGUUCGCUCAGAACUUUCUGUACUCAUCAGAGUUUGUUGUUUCUUCAACCUUCCAGGUGAUUGCGAAAUUGAAUUCAGAGCCGGGACAAGAACUUGGCCCAAGUCGCGAACAAUCUUUUGCACGGCGUUCCAUCAACUGGACUUUUCAAAGUUCCUCCGCAAUUAACUUCUUUGUUCGUCGUCGAAUGUUCAUUUUUAAGAAAUUCAAAUUCACAGAAAGCCAUGGGAAGUUAUUGAAACCAGCGAGGACCUUAACAGCAGCCGUGUAUCCGACAUAGAUCCCCAUUUCAAUGCUGUCGAACGGUUUGCCAAGGUCAGUGGAUGUCUGAGUUUUCUUUUUCUCAACUUGUUCUUUUAGGGAAAAAACCAACAACUGUCCCCUGGAAAUAUUCACGUGUUGAUAACCAAUUGGCUGGAGUCAAGAUAG